AUGGAAGCGCUGCCCAUCCAGCCGUCCGGGCUCCUCUGGCAGGACGACUUUAUCACGGCCUCGCACGAGGCGGAGCUGAUCCAGAUAUUCCGAACCUCGCUGCCGUGGCCCCAGGGCCGCACGGGCCGCCUCUCCCUCCACUACGGCUACACGUUCGAUUACAAGACCUUUGGUGUGGACCCGGACAUACCCUUCACGCCCUUCCCGGCCUGGCUGCAACCCCUGAUCCCGACCCAAGAAAACCGGCCCCCGGACCAGGUCUGCCUGCAGCACUACCCGCCCGGCGCGGGCAUCCCGCCCCACGUCGACACCCACUCGGCGUAUGACCAGCUGUACGCCCUGUCGCUAGGGUCGCCGGUGCUGAUGCAGUUCGCGCACCCCGGGGACGGCAAUGAGAGACAGAAGAAGAAUGUGGAGGUCGACCUGAAGCCUAGGAGCCUGCUCAGGAUGUCGGGCGACUCCCGGCUGCACUGGACGCACGGCAUCAAGAAGCGCAAGACGGAUACGCUGUCGGAUGGCGCGGUUAGACUUCGCAAGGACCGCUGGAGCAUCACGUAUCGCUGGAUACGCAACCCGCCCGUCUGCGAGUGCGGGGAUGUGAGGUUAUGUGAUACGGCUCAGAGGAGGGUUGGGGUCGAGAAGGAGUAUCGUUGGAAGAAGGAGGAUAACAGCACGACUGAGGUGGCGGAUAGCGGAAAGGCCGGGGCGGAGGAUGGGGCGGUUCAAAUGACUGCGACAUAA